AUGACUUGGAGUGAUGCCGAUGAGUUAUGUAAAUCCAUGGGAGCCUCGUUGGCUACAGUAGGAAUCAGAGAUGAAGUUAUCUUCGAAUAUUUGCACAAGAACUUCUUGCCACGAGGUGAAAGCAUGUGGGUUGGACUCACAGACAUCGAAAAUGAAGGGUCUUGGAAGUGGACUGAUGGUGUCACUGCUACAUCAAGCAACACUUCCGUGGGGGAUGGUCAGCCAGAUGAUUAUAAGCCAGGCCGAGACUGUGCGUGCAUGAGAAAGACCGUGUCAUCGACUAAUUAUAGAUUGCAGCGUCUAGAUGACUGCGUGUGUUGGUCGACCUAUCGAGCCUUGUGUGAGCUUCCACCAAACGAUUUGUUUAAAAACAAACGUUUAUAG